UCUUCCUGUAAUGGAAGUCUCACAAGUGCGUUACGUGCUGUGGGAAACUCCCCCCUAGCAGGUUCAAAUACACCUGAGACGCCGAGUUUGGGCUUCUUUUUUUUCUUCCACCGACGGCAUUAUAUUAAAAAAAAUGACAGAAAACUCACCAGUGGGACGCAGAUAUUCGUUAUUUUGACGUCGUUUUCGCACCACGUUGACAACACAAAUAGGCAGGGGUCUUCGUGUCAGCCAUUUCCGGGAGAAAAAAACUGCACAGGACAUGAAGUCAUGGAGGUGACGUGGUGAAACCUUUACCGUACACUGACCGUCUGACUGGAUUCACCUCACUUGAACAAGCUGAUUUUGAGGAUUUCAGUGGGACAAUGUCUACAGCAGAAACCAAGAUCGCAGGCUUGUCAUGGGCGAGGGUCUGCAAGGAGUGUGGGCAGCAGCAUGAGGGCCAGGAAAGCCACCUGUACGAGUAUCCUGAAGAUGUGGAUGACGAGCUGGUGUGCCACAUCUGUCUGCAGCCCCUCAUCAAACCCAUGGACACCCCCUGUGGACACACUUACUGCUUUGACUGUCUAAGCAGCUUCUUGAAAGAUAAGGACUUUUGCCCUGUGGACCGGCAAAGGCUGCAGCUGCACCAGUGUCGGCCCUCCACCCUGUUGGUUAGGAACCUGCUGGACAAGCUGGCUGUGAUGUGUCCAUACUAUGCCGAGUGCCAGCAGCAGAUGCAACGCUGUGAACUUCAACCUCAUCUACACAAUAGAUGUCCCCCUUUCAGGAGACUCCGGGAGGAAGCGGAGAAGAGAAAGAGGCCUUCGUGGAAUGAACUGAAGGGGCGUAAAGGCGACGGCGAGCUGUUUGCUGAUGCUAAGCAUGCAGAAACGCCGCCACGCAGCGCCACCAGAGACCUGCCCGAUCCUGGACUCAUUAACCCUGCCUAUGAAGAAAAUGAGGAUGACAACACGCCACUUCGCUCUAGCCUAGUGGCCGAGUCCAAUGUGGUAGAGCUCUUCAGAGAGGAGGCAGACGAAGACCUGGGCUUGCGCAUCGUGGGGGGCAAAGAUACGCCGCUAGGCAACAUCGUCAUCCAGGAGAUCAUACGUGACUCGCAAGCCGCUCGUGACGGUCGACUAGCACCUGGAGACCACAUCUUAGAGGUGAAUGACAUCAGCUUGGCAUCCGUCCUUCACGCUAGGGCCGUCGCCUUGCUGCGCCAGCCUUCCCUCGUCAGGCUCACCGUCAUGCAGGAGAAAGGUUUCAAACCGAGGGAGGCGAGCUCCGAUCAGCACCCCGUUUCGUCCGGCGGCGCCCAUGGCAACAUGGUCUCCGCUCACAAUCCUGGCACGGUACUGCAGGUGACGUUGACAAAGAGUCAACGCUCGGAACCGCUCGGCAUAAAGCUGAUCCGCAAAUCAGAUGAGAGUGGUGUCUUCAUCCUGGAUCUGCUUUCGGGAGGGUUGGCAGCAAAAGAUGGCAAAUUGAAGAACAGCGACAAAGUGUUGGCCAUCAAUGGACACGACCUGAGGCACGGUACACCUGAGAGUGCUGCCCAGAUCAUACAGGCCAGCGAAGUGCGUGUCAACUUUGUAGUCUUGAGGCCAGCAGAGACUCAAGAUGAAGGCGGACCACAAGGCCGAGCGACCAGGAGGGCGCCUGAGCCGCAAUACUUUAGACGAUGCUCCACCUACAUGAAGGAUCCUCCUGGUGGGUUUUCCAGCCAGGAGAAGACUGUGAGCCUGAAGAAGGAGCCUCGCCUUUCCCUGGGCAUCACCAUUGCCGGUGGGAGAGACUGCCGCAGUCGCCUCCCUGUCUACAUCACCAGUGUGCAGCCCAUCGGAUGCCUGCAUCGAGACGGCACCAUCAAACGAGGUGAUGUUCUGCUGAGCAUCAACGGCGUGGACCUGACGCAGCUGACGUACAGCGAGGCCGUUUCCACGCUGAAGGCGCAGGCUGCUCAGCCCCAGGUGGCGCUGCGGGUCAUCCAGACUAUUUCAGAAGACUCGCAGGAGGACGCCGAGGCCGGCUGUGGCGACAGGUCAGACGGUGCGGAGGACACACGAGAAGACACCUUCAACUGGACUGCGCUGUGGACACGAUGGCUGGGUUUACCGAGCCACAUGCACUGGUGCCGGGACAUCGUCCUGCAGAAGAGCAACAAUGAGAGCUGGGGCUUCAGCAUCGUCGGCGGCUACGAGGAAAGUCACGGCCAGCAGCCCUUCUUCAUCAAGACCAUUGUGCCUGGCACUCCCGCUCACUUUGACGGCCGCCUCAAGUGCGGUGACGAGAUCGUGGCGGUGAACGGAGCCACGACAGUGGGAAUGAACAACUCGUCGCUCAUCCCCAUGCUCAAACUACAGAAGAAUAAAGUGACGCUCACGGUGGUGUGCUGGCCCGGGAGUCUGGUGUAGCCACGCACACGCUGUCAUGACACUCAAUAGAUAGGAAGCAUCCUGCACACGCAGCAGGUAACUUUCCCACCACGUGCCAGUGUGCUUUCUUAAAAGGCCGGCGCUUGCAUAAAUACUGGGUGUGUGUAAAUGCACUCAACUCUUUAAUUGAACAUUACUCAUAGUUUGUUUUACGUGUCUAAGUCUGUGUUAAGAUCAAGAAAAUAAGAUUAAAUUUAGGGUACACUCCUCACAAGUUAGGGAUAUUGGGCUUUUAGGUGAAAUUUCAGGAUGAAUCUCAAAUUACCUUUACUGUUGAACUUAAUUUGGUCCUCUCUAACUAAACGUUAGAAUGCACAUGUCCAACUGUUCAGUGUUUCAGUACAUUUUGGACAACUUGCUCUUUGACAUCAAGGAGCUGAAAGGCAAAAUUCACACAAGAUUGUCUGUCCACCUCUGUGGCUUUGUGUGCCUCUACCAGUCUCUGUGUUGCAAUCUGCUGAUGACACUCAAAGCUAGUAAGAUGCGUCAGACUGGAUGUUCUCAAAGGCAAGAGGCCACAGAGUUUAUGGCGUCAUCAGCAAGUCGCAACAGUGAGAGCGCCGACUGGAAGAGUCACAGAAAGGUAAAGAAGUAGACUUUCUUGGAAUUGUACUGGUCCAUUCAUGGCUCAAACACCUAUUGCGAAUUUUGUCAGUCAGCUGUUGCUGUCGAACAGUAAGUUGUGCAAAAAGUUCUGAAACAGAACAGUUGGAUGUGCAUUCAUAUGUUGACAACUCUUGAGAAUUAGCAGUUGGGCUGGAACUCUUAAAGCAAUGCAUCUGUUUUUUUCCCGAUGUUUUUCCGAUGUCCAUAUUAAAUAAACAAAUAAAAUGUAAUAUAAAAAGUUAUGGUGAAACCUAAAGAGAGAGUGUGAAAUUAAGUUUAUCUGUAAUGGUUAUACUGCAUUUAAGGUUUGUCCUGAAAUUUCACUUAAAAUAUAAACCAAUAUCCCUUAGUUUUAGAGAGUAGUGUAAUUUCAUGGCAUAAAAGAAAGUGUUUGUGUUAUCCCCAAAGUCUAAUCUACUUGUUGCUGCGUGUUUGCAAAUAUUCAAACUGGUUUUUCACCAUUUUCUAAACACCGCUGGUAACGUGGACCAGCAGAUUCAAUAACAUUAUGCAACAUUUAAUUUGAAAUUAGGAGACACUUUUCUUCAAGUCAACUACUGUUGCUGAUGUUGCAACAUAAACCUUAUCUCUGAGAUAUGCCCAUUAAUAAAUAUUUAUUGACAUGAGGUCUGGGGAAUAUGCAGGGAAUUCAGCAUUUUCUGUUCACUGUCACUUUUGUGGCAUUUUCAUUCUUCCUGUAGCACUUUGACAAAUUUUCUUUGUACAGUUUCCAUUAUUUAAAAAAAAAAAAAAAAAAAAGAUUCAAAAUCACCCAGAGAGUGAGUACAUUUUUUGGGGGGGGACCCUAUUUGUAUAUUUGGAAUUUGACCAGCAUCAAAACGUGAUGACAAUCAGUGACAAUGUCCACCGACUGAUUGGACACACACACACACACACACACACAAAGAUUGUCGCGAUGAAGGAUUCACGUUGGCUGAUCGUGACCAAGUCCGAACGACUCCUGACUGUAAAGACCAAAGUGUCCUUUGUCCACUUUUACUGCACUUUUUCAAAGCCAUCACAGUGAAUGCUUCUUUUAGACUGGGAGGGGAUGCUGGACCCACUCUGGGGGUCUUGACUUGAAAAGUUCUACACUGCAGCGCCCCAUUCAACAACAUACACAUUCGUAUCUUUAUGCUGUGACAAUUGUGUUGUUCUCCUUUGACACUGUAUGUGUCCAGUCCCUUGUAUUUAUUCACAUUUACAGGUGCAUCUCAAUAAAGUGUAAAAUGACAUUUAUUUGAGUUGUUCAAUUCAAAAAGUGAAAUUCACCUUAUGCAGAUCAUAAGAGUGAAAUUUUUCAAGAUUAUAGCGUUGUAAAAUACUAAGUUUUAUAUAAAAGGAUUUUUAAUACAAACAUAAGGUGGGAAUUGGCCUUCUGAAAAUGAUUUUCCAUCUUUAAUGAUUUUUUUAUAAUAGUGUAUAUCAGUGUCACUUAAUGAACAACUCCAAUAAAUGAACUUUUCUACCAUGUUCUAAAUUGCUGAGAUGCACCUGUAUGUGACCACUCAUAUUGAUAAGUGGCUCCCUUACAUGUUUAAUUUGCCCUGAAUGUCCGCUAUAUUAAAAUGCCCCCUGAACCACCCACCUCCCACUCCUUCAUUAUUUCUUAUGUUGACUUGUAAUUUUCAGGUCAGAGUGGCUGUGAAUUAGACGUGCAUUGGUCCACUCUUUAGUGUCAUCUCUUUGGAUAAAAUAAAAAAGCAACACAGUGAA